GGAGCAGAUUCGCCAGUAAUCCUGUCGGCGCAAUCUCCGAUAACUUGGCUAGCCAGUCUAGGAUCACCUUCACGCAAGGUGCGUACACGUACUCGGUACAUACCGGUAUCACACUAUUUUUCGGAGAGCGUAAGAUUACCUUGCAAGUGGCCCCUUUGAUUGUAUAAGAAGUAAUCGAUCUUGGGACAGAGGCUCAAAGUUCUGCUGCUUCGUCUUUUUCAAUCUGUGACUCAUGGCUAUUCCAAUCGUGGCAAACACGCCUUCUGUGUCUGAACACAAAACGCUACGCCAAAAUUCUGAUGUUGAUGCGUCCACAGACGCAAAUGAUAUCAUUGACAUUGAACAUGUUACAGUCAACGACGAUCCCCGUCAGUGGAUUCGUACAAGAAAAACGAUAACUUUGUGCAUUGUGUCGCUGGCUACAAUGGUGUCUGCGUUAGCUUCUAACAUUCAAAAUCCCUCGAACUUUCUGAUACAGGAAGAUCUACAUGCAACAAGUAGCCAGAUAAGCUGGACAUUAGCGGCGUUCCAACUCGUACAAGGGAACUUUCCGCUAUUAUGGAGCGCUGUCAGUGAGAUAAAAGGCCGGAAGCCUGUCUAUUUGGUGGCUUCCGUUAUAUUCGUGAUAGGAAAUGCUGCGUUGGCGCUCUCAAAGACUAUCGAGGUAAUGAUAGGUAUGCGAGCACUUCAAGCUGCCGGUUCAUGCGCUGUCAUGGCUAUUUCGGCUGCGACCUUGGCCGAUAUCUACGAGCCUCGUGAGCGUGGUACCAUGAUGGGCAUCUUCUAUGCUGCACCUCUAUUAGGACCCGCACUCGGCCCUAUACUUGGCGGUUCGUUGUCACAAGCCUUCAGCUGGCGUGCAAGUUUCUACUUUCUGCUUAUCUGUGGAGGAGUCGUCUUCUUGUCCUUCCUCAUCCUGUUCAAGGACACAUACCGACGUGAACGAAGCCUCUCGUAUCGCUCUGCUUUACAACGAUCUCUUACCUCCAGAGAACCCGUUCGGAGUUCCAGCGAGUCUACCAUUGCCGGGAAUGAGCCCAGUAAGGACCAAACAUUGGUCAAGGAUACCGAGAAGCAGCUCUAUAGCUCAGCAGUGGCUUCUACACCGGGGCUAGACAAUGUCAGGCUGUCAAUAAGGGACAUAAACCCCUUUCCACCAUACUUUCGAAUUCUGUCGCGAAAGAAUAACGUUUUAAUUCUUAUAGCUAAUGGACUCGUCUUCGGUUUUAGCUAUUGCCUUUCAUAUACGUGCGCCCGCACUCUCGCCAACGUAUAUGAUUAUAACGCGUUUAGCGUUGGCUUGGUCUUGCUUUGCUUGGGCCUAGGAAGCAUCGCUGGGAGUGUGAUUGGUGGGCGUUGGUCUGACCGGGUGCUUGCGAAGAUGAUGGAAGCGAACGGAGGAAAGUGGUAUGCAGAAAUGCGCUUGGAAAGCUCGACACUGGCGAUGCUGUGGCUACCUCCGUCUGUCAUCGGUUAUGCUUGGGUGUGUGAAAAGCAAGUCAAUGUCGCCGUCAUUUGCAUCAUGCUCGCUCUUAUUGGAUUCACCUCCAUAUGGAUGUAUACUGGUACAUUGGCAUACCUCGUUGAUGCCAACCCUGGUCGCUCAUGUACAGCGGUGGCAACAAACAGCUCGUUCCGAGGAUCCUUGGCUUUUGCUUCGGUGAUGAUUGCUAUACCGCUUCAAAAUGCUUUAGGAGAUGGGGGAUUGUAUACUGUGUGGGCUGGGAUCUUGGUUGUAACGGAGUUAUUGGUUAUAUUGGUGCUGCGUAAGGGAGAAUCGUGGCGUAGGGAAAGUGAGGAGCGUGAGCUGAAUACUAAGUGAAUGUAUCCGUAU